UCGCCUACAGGGAAAAAAGGACAGGAUAACCGUUAGGACAUGCGCACUUCGCCCUCAGGAAAAUAAUUGCGUCAACUUUCUUGUUUUGGAGUUUUCCUCGUCUGUGUUUUUUUGUGUUGACAGGUGAAGAGUGAAGAUGAAUGAGGACGCGUUCGAGGUCCCGGAGAGGACCGAGUACCGCCACCUGGUCCAGGAGGAGGGGGAGGAGGAGCCGCAGUUUGUGCGUCACAGACACUACAUCAGCCCUCUGCUGGUGCUCUCCAGACGCGGCAUCUUCAUCAUCUGCCUCGGCGUGCUCGGUCUGCUCUCGCUCGCCAACUACCUGGGCGACGUCGCGCAGACGCUGCCGCCUGGCCUCGCACAGGUGACCACGGACUGCGGAGAGUUUCGAGGAAGACACAAAGAUGGAGCGUACUCCUUCAAAGGAAUGCGCUACGCUGCUCCGCCCGUCGGUGACCUGCGUUGGGCCCCGCCAGCUGAUCCAGAGUGCAGGAGCGAGCUGGCAGACGCGGGGGAAUUCGGCAGCUCGUGCGCUCAGGCAAGACCUAUGACGAGCACGGGGAAGGAGAUGGGUCAGGAGGACUGUCUCUUCAUCAACGUGUGGACGCCCUCGCUGCAGCCGGAGGCCAAGCUGCCCGUCGUGGUGUGGAUUCACGGAGGAUACCUGAUGAUGCUCAGUGGAGGAGAGCAGGGAUACUCGCCCACAGAGAAGCUCUCCGCAGACACCGGGAUAGUUUACGUCAGCUUCAACUACAGACUCAACGCCUUCGGGUUCCUGGCGCUGGAGCUCCUGAGAGAAGGUUCUCCAAAGAAUAACUCAGGGAACUAUGGCUUCAUGGACCAGAUCGCAGCUCUGAAGUGGGUCCAGAGGAACAUCCACGUGUUUGGAGGAGAUCCUGGGAAAGUCACCAUUCUUGGACAGAGCGCAGGUGGGACGUCAGUCCGCGUCCUCAUGAUGUCACCUCUGGCGAAGGGUCUCUUCCACGGGGCGGUGGACGUGAGCGGCUCGUACGUCAGGAACAGCACACUGGAACAGGCCGAGUCCGACAACCUGGUGUUUCUGAGGAAGACGGGCUGCAAAGACCUGACCUGCCUCAGAGGACUGCCCAUCAAACGGAUCCUGGAGGCCGUCCCGUGGGAGGAGUAUCCGUCCUGGUCAAUAGAUCUAUCAGACCUCCCCGUCAGAGGAAUCUUCGCCGGUCAGAUCGUCGUGACGGACGGAUACGUCCUGGAAGGUAACCCUUUCGAGGUGUGGGAGAAGAAAGGAGACUACAAUGACGUCCCCUUUGUGAUCGGGACGACGGAGCAGGAAGCCGACGUCAGUCCUCACUCUCCGAACAUCACCAUGUGGACGUGGGGGGACUACCACUGGUUUGUGAGAGAAAAUCUUCAGACCUUCUCUGAGAGUCUUCCCAAUGACGUGUUGGACCUAUAUCCAAGCUCCCAACCCUGCCCCACCACAGACCGCUGUCCAGAGAGGGCUUACACCACCAUGGUGUCCGACGUCAGGAGCACCUGUCCCAACAACGACCUGGCCUGGAGGGCUGCAGCGGCCCUCCACAGCCCCGUGUAUCGAUACGUGGUGACGUACACGCCGUCAGGACCCGUGACCUCGUUCAGCGACCUGCUGCCGUUCCCCAGCCGCUUCUCCUUCCACUCUCUGGACAUCUUGGCGUUCUUUGGAGGGCUGGAGGACGCUUUGGGGAAACCUCUCUCUGACGAAGACAGGAAGUUCCAGGAUCUCAUCACACGCCACUUCGUCAACUUUGCCAAAACAGGUAAGAUGGAGAGCGAGUGGCCAGAAUACCCAUCAGCCAUUGCUGUCCUGACGGACAGCCUGUCUGUGCACCAGAACUACUCGGACGCUCGGUGUCAGCUGUGGAAGUCUAACGGCCUGUACGACUACGCCUGGAUGGACUGACGGCACACUGAAGACGGACGGACCGCGUUUCUCUGAACACUCCAUCAGUGUGCAUCAAGGUUUAAAUCACUGCUCAGGCAGACAAACACGGGUUCAACACUCCAGCUUUAAUCCUGCAGCUCAAAUCCACGUGACUCACUGUACGUGUGAAAGUUGAACAUUCAGUAUAUUUGAAGUGUGGAUUGAUUUCUCUGUAGUUUAAAUCUGCUGUUAUGAAGAAAGGAGAACGUCCACGUCUGAAUAUAGCCUCUCUCAUUUACUCUAACGUCCACUGGAGGGCGUCUACGUCUAAAGGCUGAUUUAUACUUCUGCGUCGAAUCGACGGCGUAGCUGACGUGCACCUCCUCCAAAAUGUAACUACGCGUAGAGCCGACACGGACCGCAGGCUUUACAAGCCUUAAGACUCAAGCCCUUUUCUUAUUGCAAGUUUGACACAAUGUUUAAAACCCUGGAACAUCUCUCCUCCAGUAUGAACGUCUCAGAUGUUUAAUGGUGGGAUGGAGUUUGACCGCUGUGAGACAUUAGAAAGAGGCGUGGCACUUCAACUGUUAUACUUUUUUAUUCUUGUUGUUGAAUCAGAUCAGCUUUUUUCACAUGUUUAUAACAAACCUCUACCUCUCUCUCUCUCUCUCUCUCUCUCUCUCUCUCUCUCUCUCUCUCUCUCUCUCUCUCUCUCUCUCUCUCUCUCUCUCUCUCUCUCCACCAUGAUUGUUUUUGAACCACUCAUAAGCUCUGAUUCUUUACGCUGUGUUAACAGCUUGAUUUUUUACCGCGGCUGCUUUGAUGUAAUCACUCUUUUUACACUCAAUAAAUUGAAACCACUUGAA